GGAUGCGGUCGCUGCGCCAAGCGCGGGGGUUCGGGCUUGUAGAGAUCGGGCGCGGGCCGUUGCAAAUAAAUGGCUUGUGUCUUUUGCAGUCCGCUCUGUCCACCCCAUGUCUGCUGGCUUUGACUGUCAAGGAAAUGAGUUCCCUAAAGUUAGGAGAGGGGUUCGUUUGGAGCCCAGUGUUUUUGUUUUGAAGGACUUGGCCUAUUCUGAACGUGAAGCUUCCAGGCAGCAGGGCCUUAAAGGGAUCCAGACACCAAGCUUCUUCAGGUGCCCAGCUGAGCCAACACUAACCCCCAUUCUGGCUCCUCCUCCUCCUCCGUGUUUCAGGAACAGAAACUUGAGGAUGUGACACAACUCCAGCCUGGCUGGGAGGAAGCCAAAAAAUAGAGCGUCUGCUCCGUGACCUCCUCACAGUGCAGCUCUUGAGCUUAGCAGUUGGAGAAAGGGCAGGAGGAUUUCUCAGCAGAGGGCCACGGUGCUGAGGAGGUUCUGCGGGGAGUGCCUCCAGCCAUGUCUGCAGGUGCCAUCCCCUCUGUGCCCGCUCUGCCGUCUGCCCUUCGACCCCAAGAAAGUGGACAAGGCCACCCAUGUAGAGAAGCAGCUCUCAUCUUACAAGGCACCCUGCCGGGGUUGCAACAAGAAGGUGACGCUGGCAAAGAUGAGAGUGCACAUUUCCUCCUGCCUGAAGGUCCAGGAACAGAUGGCUAAUUGCCCCAAGUUCGUCCCUGUGGUGCCCACAUCCCAGCCCAUCCCCAGCAAUGUCCCUAACCGGUCUACCUUCGCUUGCCCCUACUGCGGAGCCCGCAAUCUGGAUCAGCAGGAGCUGGUAAAACACUGCGUGGAGAGUCACCGAAGUGACCCCAACCGUGUGGUGUGCCCCAUUUGCUCAGCAAUGCCCUGGGGGGACCCCAGCUACAAAAGCGCCAACUUCUUGCAGCACCUGCUGCACCGGCACAAGUUCUCCUAUGAUACCUUCGUGGACUACAGCAUCGACGAAGAAGCUGCCUUCCAGGCUGCCCUGGCUCUGUCCCUCUCUGAAAACUGAGGCACAGCCUGGCCACCUGCCUCAACUCAAGUCUGGGGCGGAUGACACACUCCGCCUCAAGGGAUAGGGCUGUUGCCCUCCUGCCCUGGCACCUGCACAGGAUCGCGUCUCACUGCGCCGAGCAGAAUUCCACACAAGGAGAGCUGGUCUCAGAACCCCCAAGGCUGGGAUCCUGGCUAGCUGGCCCCUUGACAUCAAACAGGGCCACUGGGUCCUGGCCAGCGGCACUGGGUCAUCGGUGCUUUGAGGGGCAGGUGCUGCCCAUUGGGUUAGAGCAGUUGGCUGCCUUUCCAGCCAAGAUGUCCUCAUGUGGAGAGGGAUGAGGUGCCCUAAGCUGUGCCCCCAGCAGGACCAGGGGAGGAGGCGCCCAGCCAAGGCUGCCAGCCCACCCGGUCCCUAGCUUCGCUUCCACCGUGAGCAUUUGGUACUGGCUUUUGUGAUACUUAGGAGCCCUGCGUUUUUCUAUCUUAUCCUGUGUGAUAAUCUUUUCACGUUUUAUAGAGCAAAGACAAAGCAGUUACUCUUCUAUUGCAAUACCUGUGUUUGACUAGGAAGAACAGUAUUUUUAUGGAGCAUUUACAAAAUUAUAUUUUUUAAAAAAACAAUCAAAAAUAAAUACUGAUGGGAUCAGUGCAAAGUGGGAAAAAGAGUGGGCAUAGCC